UUGUCAUCCUGCUUCUAUACUUCCGGUGUUGCUUGUGAUCUUUUCAUCUGACUUGUCACUAUUAAUAGUAGGAAAAAAAAGAAGAAGAAAAUUCAGGUUACGAAAAUGAAUUUGGGGAAGUCAGAGAACUAAUCAUGAAUCAUCAUAAUAUCUCCACAAAACAAAAUUAACUAUACCACAAUAAGAAUAUAUGCCUGCCGUUCUUUUUAUCAGGUAUGGGACUACGGACGUCUCGUGUACCUGACUUUCUAGUUUCUUGGGCUAACAAUGGCAUCAAACCUUGGACACAGGCUCCAUAGUCUUUGCUGGCAAGUGCAUCAACCUUCAUCUCCACUAGUUUUUAUCUCUCGUAGUAUGAAAAACUGGAAGAAAAAAAUUCUAAUGCGUGAGGACUUGAAGGAGAAAGUUAUAGAAUAUGCAGGAAAACAUCAGCACCAAGAGGAGAGAAUUUAUUCUUGGGGAUGUGCAGCUACUGGUGCCCUUGGUAUUGCAAGUUACCUAAAACCAGGCAAGGGGCAAAAUCCAAUAUAUCAGCAGCCAAGACCUGCCCUUGUCAAGUUCUUCUAUAAGAGUGACAUAAAACCAUAUCUGGUAUCAUGUGGCUAUGGUUUUACUUUGUAUGCGGUCAAGUCAGCAAAAGGACUUCAGCUUCUGGGAACUGGCAUCAACACAAAUUCACAGCUAGGGAGUCAUGAAGUUCCAAGGAAUUCAGGUCGCUAUCUGGAUUAUAUCAUCCAGCCUCUUUCAGUUGAUCUCCCUUUGAACAAACCACUGUCUACCAGGGCACGACACAUUGGUUGUGGCCGUGCCCAUACAGUCAUUAUAAUGGAAGACGCUGGAGUCUUUAGUCUUGGAAAUAACUCCUAUGGACAAUGCUGCAGGCCAGUCGUUGAUGGAGAAGAUUACAGGCGAAAUCCUCUAGUCAAUCACAUAGAGAAUAUACCUGAGGAAGUGGCACAGGUGUGGUGUGGCCAAGAUCACACAAUCUUUAUCUCCAAAUCUGGAAAACUCUACAGCUGUGGUCUGGGAGCUGACGGACAAACAGGACUUGGCCAUUAUAACUCAGUAAGCACACCAACUUUGGUCAAAGGAGAUAUAGAAGGAGAAAAAAUUGUUUCUGUACAUGGUAAAGGAGAUUGUGUGCUGGCGGUCUCAGACAAGGGACAACUGUUUGGGUGGGGAAACUCUGAAUACAACCAGCUUGCCAUGGUAACAAACGAAAAUCAAAUCAACAUUCCACGUCAUCUGCCUGUGAAUGGCUGUGGUCACAUCAUCAAAGCUGUGGCUGGUGGUUCUAUCUGUGCAGUGUUAAAUGACAAAGGACAAGUGUUUGUCUGGGGGUAUGGCAUCCUUGGAAAGGGACCUGCCUUAAGUUCAUCCUCCACACCAACACAGAUUCCAGAGACACUGUUUGGUCGCAGUGAAAUCCAUCCGAACAUCAAAGUUACAGAGAUUGACUGUGGCUUAGACCAUUUUGUAGCUUGCACAGAUCAAGGUUAUUUGUAUAGCUGGGGUCACAGUCGACAAGGGUGUCUUGGUUUGGGUGCUGAUAAUGAUCAGUAUUUUCCCUUUCAGGUAUCAUUACCUGCUGAAGUACGCAUGGUGGCAUGUGGGGUGGAUCACACUGUGGCCCUUUGCAAACCUUUCUGCUGACAACUAGCUGCUGCACAAUCUAGAAGUGUUUGAAAUCAGCUUUAUGAAAGGGGAAGCAGAGCCAGGAAAAGUGUGUCUCAAACACCUUAUCCCUCAGUGACCUAAAACUUAAGAGAUGACUUUGUGUAUCGAAAAGAUUUGAGCUACUCAGCAUAAAUGGAAUGCAGAGGGGAGAACACUAUUUAAGAAAACAAGCUAUUGUGUCAAUCCACCAAACAAUAUACAUUAGUACCCACUUAUGGUAGUUCACCCAACUUCGUAUAUCCUGUGUUUGACCAGUGUUCGCACACCGAGCAGCUUUGAAAGGAAUUAGAAGACUGGAAGAGGGGCAGAUCACAUGUCCUUUGUUAAAGAUGUUGACCUUGGAGACAGUUUUGUUACCUCUAAAUACUUCACAUCCCACGACAUUACCCAUACAGAAAUCAUAAAUUUGAGUCUUCCUACUGUGUGGAGCUGUCAAAACUUUUACCUUUAUAGCUGAAUUGUGUGUGCAUGUUCAUUAUGUGUGUGAAAGUGGAGGGGGUGUGGCUCUUCAAGCAUCCAACUUUUUUUCUUUUUAAACAGCCCUUUCAUUAAAAUUCUUAAUGGGCACAAGAUCAUUGCUCCUACAGGCCAGCAAAUAAAAACUGUUCCCAAAGGAAUAUUAAAGACAGUACAUGCCCAUCAAUAAAACCAUUUGAAGAUGAUGUGCAGUACUCAACAAUAUUGUAAAUGCAAAGAAAUCUUUCAUAUGAAUCUUUGUAAGUAUGGUUGUAUAAAAUAAAAGUGAGAGAUAAUUGUC